AUGAGACCUCCACAUCGAGUAACACGAUCAACCAAUUCACCUCCAUCGCCUAACUCUGACUCUCGUCCCAAACCUACCUUGGCGGAUAUACCACUAGCUCCAAGAAGGAGAUUGCGUGAUGGAAGGAGUAGUACUGCUUCUUCAAGCACUUCAUCCAGAGGAAGAGCAAGCAUCAGUAGAUCGGUAAGAAGAGGUUCUAGUGUAUCUUCAGCAGGAUCAAGUCGGAGUGCAACAAGUAGUAUGUCUGUUGUAGGAAGAAAUGGAUUAGCACGCAGAAACCACAUAAUGUCCGCCUUACCAUCUGUUCUCAACAACAACGAAAACGAAGACGAAAACGAAACUCAAGAAGGUAUACGUUCUAUCUCUUCCUCAAGAGCUAGUAGUCUAACCCCACCUCCACCACUUGCUCCCAUUCGGCAUAGAUCAAUCGAACCUCAACAACGCCAACGACAGCAACGUCAACCCAGUAGAUCGAUAAUCGAUAUUUUGGAUGAACAAUCAUACGAACAGCAGCUAUCUAAUGGAUCAUCCAGGUCGACACCGAUUGACGAUUCUAUCACAUCAAUACCUAACCCAAAUAGUCGAAGUAGACAAUCAAGUGAAACAUCUUCUUUGACAUCAGCAGGAUCAGAACCAAGUAACCAACACCUAUCAGAUGGAAGAAGAUACACGGCGGAAGAAAAGGGUAAAGGAAGGGCAAUGAUAACUCCUAUUGAGAUUGAGUCUUCACCCGAGGAAGAAGGCGAUGACAGUAUACAGAUACUGAAUGUACCCCAGAAAAGAAGAAGAGGCAGCGUAGAUGACAGUAUAACUGAAAACGUUGUGACGGGGCAAGGAGAUGACAUUGACGUCGAAGAAGAAGAUACUCUGGGUGGUGGAUAUACUUGUCCAGUAUGCUUCUGUGCACCUUCACAAGCCGUGAUGACGUUCUGCGGACAUAUCCUUUGCGCACAAUGUCUUCACUCAUCGUUACUAUCUGCAAUCAGUCGUAAUCCUGCUCCUUACCCCGAUGCACAUCCUCAUAGAGGAGGUCGAUUUGGCGGUACGAGGGGAAAUGGUCGUGGUGGUAGGGGAAGAUCCACUAGAAACUCGUCGAAUUCAAAUUCUUAUUCAACUAAUAUCCUUUCCAUGUAUGGACCUGGACCAAACUCAUGGACGAAAGAGCUACUACAGGAGUUCUAUCAUAGAUAUCUGAACAAAACAUGUGAAGAUCAACUGAAAGAAAGUGAUAUAUCACAAGCCAAUUGGGAUGCAAUCAAGGAAUUACAACUACCCAAAGUUGACGACAUAAAAGUGGAACAGAAGUUGAAGGGUUUAUGGAGGGUUGAAAAUAGCUGGGUGGUGGAAGGUGAAUGUCCUGUAUGUCGAAAUCCAAUACCUGGUGGGUAUGGACCCCCUGGAACUGGUAUAGGCGGUGUGAUACCCCUACAAGCCAGGUUAUCGGGCUUUAAGAACGGAUCGAAGAAAAGGAGAUGA